AUGUUCGAGUUUAUUGUAACAGAAUAUCUCAACAAUACAAGAUACAAGUCUUGGUCAAUUAUUUCAAUCUUAAAGUACACAAAAUCAAAAUGUCAAUUAUAUACUGAUUCCAUUGACAAUCUUAAAGAGGAUAUAUACACAGCUUUACGCAAAUAUAAAGAAAACCCAGAUACUCACAUGAACUUAGCUAACAAACUGAAUAAGAUGCUAUCUAAUUUUGAGAAAUUAUUUUCUACGAUCGAAGUAAAAGAAUUUGUCGACAAACUUCGAAAGGAACAAGAAGAACGUGGAUUUGAUACAGCUCUUCAAAUCAAUGUGGCAUCUGCUUGUGCGAUUAAAGCUUUAAAGGGCUAUUGCAUGAAUCAAACAGUCAUUAAUGAAUUAAAAAAUAACAAUUUCGAGGAAGGAUCUUCAAAAACGAAAUCCAUUAAAAGAAAAAAUAAUAUAAACGAGGACGAUGCGAGCUCAGAGAUAGAGAAUAGUUCAGAAUAUGACGAAAGACCAAAUAAAAUUAAAAAACAGGCUACAAAUGACAUUGAAGAAGUCAUUAGUAAUAGCGGUGCAAGUGAUAAAUCAAAUGAAGAAUCCUUUGAUAGUGGUUAUAAAACGCCUCCUACUGGUCCACGAAAUAUAACAGUUAUGACCACUCCUCAAAAACCUACCCUUUUGGCGGAUUCUGUGAACUAUAUAGUCAAUCACUUCACAGUAAAUAUUAAUUUGCAAUGCGUCAUAAUGAAAGAAAAGCCAGCUGAUACAAUUCCAAAAUCAAUUCGUGAUUGGAUUAUAAAUGUAUUGUCUUCCGGAAAGGAUGUAUUCAAAAGUUCCAUCAUAACUUCGCUAAUUCCUGAUCACAAAUUCCGAAAAAUCUGUGAAAUUAUUCUUUAUGACUUUUUUUCAAUGGCUAGCAAAAAUUCAUUAAACCGCCAUAUUGGAGAACGAAAGUACACAGUAGAAAGAAUUGUACCAUUGUUUAAGGCGAUACAAUUCGUCUAUAAAGAAUUUAUGUUCGAUUGGAUUGAAGUGCAACUUAAUUGCAUCAAGGAUAUGAAAACAUUGUUUCCAAACUUUGAUAUGACGCUUAAUAAAGCAGAUGGUGUUUGUCUGAAAGUUUCAAGUAAUAAGGAAGUAGUAUUCAUUGAAAUAGCAGGAGGUCCAGAAGUUACUAGUGCAGUAGUAAAACAUGCCAAAGAAGAUACUGAAAAACUAAUUAAGGAAGCGAUGUUUGGAUGGGUUUCUCUUUUGAGAGAUUAUUUAGACAAGAAUGUAGACAAAGCAAUGAAAAUAUGUACAUAUAUGGUGCAAGUUAUUGGCGAUCGAAUUACUCUAAGCGAAUUUUGUCUCAAUAAGAAGCAUUCAUAUAUGGUUUCGCUUGAAGAACAAAUAAAUGAGCUAAAAAAGCUAAUGCUUUCCAACAUUAUUGAAGAAGAACCAACAAUUCGAGACUGGAUUUGGGUCCCGAAUUCGAUUACGGAAUGGGAAGUUAUAAAUAUAAAUGAUACAAACACUUGA